AUGACGUCGGUGAAGGAUCCCACAUCGAGACUCCUUCGCUGGCGGUUAAAACUGGACGAGUACGAUUACAAGGUGAUAUACAAAGCAGGGAAGUAUAAUGUUAACGCCGAUGCAUUAUCACGAAACCCGGCACCAGUCCUUCCCAUCCACUCCGACCCGCCAACACCCGAUAUGGGAGAACAGACGCCAUCUCGACCACCUGCGCCGACUGUAGAUAACGAGACCGACGAAACAAACACCGACACGUCCGACCCGAGCGACGACGACGACGAUAAUCAUAUUCGACAGGCAACGCUGACGAUAGUAAACAUCCGGGAUCGAUUGAUUAUGAGACGGGAUAACUUAGCAGUAUUCGUUACGGUAGACCAACACCUGCUGGACCAGGGAAGCAUAGACCUGAUAAACGAGAACAAACUCCAAAUACCCAACGAUCUGGAAUGCACGAUCCCCCGUGUUGUCAGGAGAGCCGCGUGUAACAUCAUCUUAUUACCCGUAACAUUAAAAGCGACACAGAAUAACGUUUCAAACGAAUUAAAAUUAUCUUCUAUCAGUAUAUCGCGUACGAAUUUUGCAGCAGUCCCUUGGACCUAUACGGCACAAGCAAUUGCAAAUUUGUUCGAGGGAACGGGAACGACGAUAUUUGCAUGUUCGCACGAGAUCCGUAUACCCGCGCAAGACAGGCGACAGGAGCUACUAACCGAAAGUCACGUUUCGUCCUCCAGAGAACACAGGGGAUUUGAAGAAACGUACCGCGAAAUCAAAGGGAAAUAUUAUUGGCCGACGCUAAGAAACGACAUCCGGAUGUUACUGAAUACGUGUGCAAGUUGUCAGUUGCGAAAACUAACGCGAAGGGGAAACCGACAGGCACUAACACUAACAGACACGGCGGGUAAGGCCUUCGACAAGGUCUCCUUUGAUACCAUUGGUCCUCUCCCUUGCACAGAUAUAGGGAAUAGGCACAUCCUGAUUAUUCAAGAUCUACUCACGAAGUAUUCACUUGCUAUCCCUCUCCGGAAAACGUCAGCAGCCGAAACAGCCGACGCGUUCGUGAAUUAUUUCAUUUGUCGUUUCGGAGCACCCAAAGCAAUUCUUACCGACCAAAGUACAAACUUUACCAACGCACUGGUAAAAGCAGUCGCGAGGAGAUUCAAGAUAGCCCACUUCCAAACCACCAUUUUCCUCCCUCAAGGGAACGGACCUGUUGAACAAUCGCACCUGUUGCUAACGGAGUAUCUAAAGCCAUAUUUGCAAAAAGAAAACUGGGACGAAUGGCUGAACUUAGCGAUGUUCGUUGGUUAUGGGAAACCUGCUCGGGCCCCCGCGGCAUGUGAAACCCUAACGAUGACCACAGAUAGGGCAUACGAUGAAUUUCUAAAGGACUUAGACGCAAAGAUUUCCCACGCGAUAGUAGGCGCACGGGAAAACUUGACAAAGGCACAGGCAAGAGCCCGUCAAUAUCGGAACAAUCAGGCGCGCACACCCGGCUUUAAAAUAGGCGAUCGCGUAGUAGUUAUAAGCACACCGGGACGCGAAAGGAAACACGUCGGCCCCUACGAGGUUGUCGAAGUGCUAACAAGCGAUAUUAUUAAGAUAAGCGUGAAUGGAAAGAUGAGAGCGGUGCGAACGGAUGGCUUAAGACUGUUUGAAGGGGCAACCACGAUGGGAGUCCAUAUCAUAAACAAAACACCCUCAGUCAAGACACCCCCACUUAAAACCAUAACAAAAUCUGGCAAUAUAAACGCGAGCGGAACAGAACCUCGACACUCGAGUACCGGACAGUACGUACGUAACAUAGCAGUAUUUCUCAUACUCUUACUUGUGACGAUAUCGACAAUGGGAAAACACAGUAUACUGCAGCCUACCUUCCCAAAGCGGGCAAAUUGGAAUCACUCAGAACAAGAAUGUCUACUAGCCAGGGCACUCAUACCAAAAGGGUUCUACCUACAAUGCACCCAGUGCAUUAGGAAUACCCGAGAAGAAAGAAGAUACAACAGGGAGAGGCUAGACUGGCUUUGGGACGAAUACACACCCCCGGGAUGGACCAAGCCAAACGCAUUCAGCCUCUGGGAAUUAUUCAACGUGGCAGACGAAUUUGACGGCCGCAACGAACCAAGUUGGACCCAUGGUGCAGAAACGACAGCACUCAUCAAGGAAAUGGCCCUCAUGGAAAUCCAGAACCGAACAAAAGGAAUGCACCCCAGGGACCAGCCACCGAGCCCGUUUCAAAUAACCACUCCUUGGCUAUCUCUACUAAGCAUCCGCCGCAUGUCAAACCUCGAACCGGUGAGCGAGGUCAACAACGAGACACAUAGAGAACCUUUCUGCAGCUACUGCCAGGUUAGUGGCCAUGAAGAAGUCUGUUUCCGGAGGGACCACUUCUUCCCACCACCAGGGAAGACCAGAGGCAAACAACCCAGUAAGAAGCCAGGCCGGCGCAUGCAGGGAAUAGACAUUAGACGAAUUUGUUGGCCGUGGAAAACUAGCAGCAAACAACAGCCACCCCAACUGCCCGAACAGCCAGGAUCAGCAACUGGCGGAGAUGGCACCCUGAAAGGUCUGUUUUCGGAGGGACCACUUCUUCCCACCACCAGGGAAGACCAUAGGCAAACAACCCAGUAA